GCUCCAUUGCAGCCUCUGCGCACAUUUCGUCUCGUCCCUUCUUCCAAUUCACAGCAUCUGUGCCGUGCUGUGGACUAUUACAAGCACUGGUUGUUUUCGUAUGAUACGAUACCGUACGGGUACCGUUUGGCACGUCUAGGGUAUCUAUAGUACCUAAGAAAAGAAUGGUGACGAGCCGUCCGAUUCUUUAAACUUCGCUGCCUUGCCCCACACUGCUUCUAUGGUGCAGCAACGCUGUCAAGACCCCUGAGAAAAGACAACUGUUUUGGUCUGGAAGUUCUCGGCCACUGCCUGCUUGAUUUGUUUGCUUUGUUUGCUUUCCCUGCUUUGCUUGGUUGAUCGGUUGCUCGAUUGCCGGUACUUCCUUCCUCACCCUGCCUGCUCCCAUACCUGUACUCGUACCAUAACCAACCUAGCUGGCUCUGUCCUCUCCACAAUCAACAGCGCCGAGGGAUCUUUGUUCAAGUAACCAACACUUGCGGCGACAAAUUACUCACAGUUAUCUGGGGAAAGUCUCAUCGCAUCCGGAGCAGAACAUCCAUUCAUCCAUCCAUCCAUCCUCCUCGUUAACUUCGAAAAUACCGUGCCCGAUACCGGUGUAGUAGUCUACAAUAUAUCGUCCUAUACGGUACCGGAACAGUAUCAUACGGUGAAAAAUAUAUACGGAUAGAAGUUACUUUACAGUAAGGGUGAGAGGAAAAGGAAAAAAAAAAAGCUCUGUCCACCCUAUUUUUUUCCUUUCCUUUCUCCUCCUCACUCCUUCUGAAUCACCGCAGCCCUGUUCGUCAAGCUUCUUUUUACGUUCUCUCCGCCCUUUAUUUCUACUCUGCGCUUUCCUCUCCGCAAUCCUUUACUCGACUGCGCCUCUUGACGAGAUUCGACCCUCUUUUGUCGGAACACAUAAAACUUCCCCAUUUCUUCGCUCUUCUGUGGAAUACUAUUCUCUCGGAAGCGGGUCUACUAUCAUCGACUUUAUUAGAUAAUAAUAUAGUCUAACGACAAAAUGGCUCUUCAUUCCGCCGGAGCUGUGAGGGAGAAGAAACAAACGAUGGCCGAGCUGAAAUUGAGGCGGUUAACGGAGCUGAAUGCAAGGCUGAGGGAGGAUCUGGAAAGACCACGAGUAAAGGUUUCUGAAGCGUGCCACUCAAUGAUCGCUUACACACGCAAUACUAAGGACUUUAUGGUUCCUUCUACAUGGGGUCAAGUGGAUAAACGUGAAGAUCCAUAUGCGCCAAUAACAAAUGGAGCUGGUUGCUGCGUCAUCUGCUAGAUAUGGUAGGGAUGUAACAAGCGACGGAGCUCAUGCAAUGCCUCAUCACACCCACCAUCUUUUCUCUUGGACCUCGUUCCUAUCAAUUGAUAGAGGGGAAAAAAAAAAACUCUUAUUCAACCUUGUUUCUUUUAUUUUCUUUCCUUUUCCCCUUCGGACCAUUAGAUACCUCGAAAACAAUUCCUUCUCUUCCAGCCCGGCACAAGCACGGCGACCCGGCAACCUCGAACCGAAUAUCUAUUAACUUCUGUUGGGGCGGCAAGCCAUAGGCUGCUCUGCUGAGGAGUCUGAUGAGAUUUAAUGUCUGGAUUCUUGCUCACUCUCGUCGCCUUUUCUUGAUCCUCUUGCUUUUUGACUAUAGUUGGGUUUUUUCAUCUCUAUCUAUAGUCUACUCUUGGGGGGGGGCAGGGAUUUACGGAUGUCUUUCCAGCAAUUUACUAGUGAAUAGGGAGUCAAAAAGGUGUUCUUUUCGUUUAUUUUAUUUAACUUUUUUUAGUGUUUGGGUUUUUCACAAUCUUCAUCUUCGCUUUUAUUUAGGUCUUACUUUUCCUGUAUUUCAUAUUCUUUUGGCUUUGGUUGUCACAGAAUUUGUCUUUUCGCGGGUAUAUACCAGGUCUUUCGAACUUUCUCUUGGUUUUCUUUCUUGUCUUCUUACUGGGCCUGGUGUAUUCUUCUUGAAGCAACUUCUUGGGAAGGUGUUCUUUUUUGUUUAAGUGUUUUACAUAUCUUGCUGUUGACUUGGCGUGUUCUCCCUUUUAUGUUCCGAUAAUGUGGUGCGGUCCUAGCCUAUCUACUUGACUGGAUUGAAGAUCAAA